AUGUGUGACCCGUGCUGUGACUCUAUCUGCGGACCAUGCGGACCCUGUGGACCUUGCGGACCAUGUGGACCUUGCGGACCAUGUGGACCUUGCGGACCAUGUGGCCCUUGUGGUCCCUGCGGACCGUGUGGUCCAUGCGGACCUUGUGGACCAUGUGGACCGUGUGGACCUUGCGGGCCUUGUGGUCCUUGCGAUCCUUGCUGCGAGCCCCGCAAUUUGUCAGCAGGCCAGCUGGCAUGUAUGCCCCAAUGCCCGACCGGAUGUCCACCUCCCACGUGUGGACCACGCUUUGUUACCGUUCAGCAACCACCGCGAGUGGUUGCCGAAAAGAAGGUUAUCAACUGCUCUCGAACCGUAAUUGACAAACACGUCUUGCCUCAGACGAAGGCUAUAGUAGAGCCAAAGCUGGUUUAUCAACCAAAAACAAUCAUUGAACCUUGUGUCAUCUUCAAGAAGCGGGUGGUACCCGAACCUAAGGUGAUAUACUACAGUCGCGUCGUUCCGGAUCCAAAAGUUGUUUGUUCACCACGAGUGAUCGUUGAACCCAAGGAAUACUGCACCACCAUGGUCUGUCAACCAAAACCACAGAUCGUGCCGGUCCCACCAGCAAAGGAAUAUUGCUGUAUGUCAACGGGAACAACAUUCUUCAAUAACCAGUGCUGCCCUCCAACCCCAGGACCAAUAUGUCCACCAAGAAAGUGCUAG